UGGAAGGUUCCUUACCUUUCUUUUCACAGCUCAAACAGUUGGGUCUUAGGUUUAUAGGAAUGAGAUAAAGUGGAUCUGUACAGCAAGUUAUUGCAGCCUUGACACUGAUUUCUCUUUUCCCGUGUAAAAUGUUUCAGCUCAAAGAAUAAUUGUAGCAAGAGAAUCUGAUUUACUGGAAAUUCAGUACUUGUAAUCCUCUGAUUUUCUUUCUUAACAGAUUCCUGAUAGAAGCUCUGGCACAUAAAAAAGAGUUGUUUUGGAUGGACAAUGCACAGAGACACUAUGAAGUCUUGGAGUGACAGCCAGACAGAUCUUUACAGCAGUGACCAAGAAGAGGAAGAAGAGAUGAUCUUUGGAGAAAAUGAAGAUGAUUUAGAAGAGAUGAUGGAUUUAAGUGAUUUGCCUACCUCACUCUUUGCUUGCAGUGUGCCAGAAGCAGUGUUUGAGGUGCAAGAAGAAAAGGAAAGAUUUGAAGCACUUUUCACGAUAUAUGAUAACCAAGUUACAUUCCAGUUGUUCAAAAGCUUUAGAAGAGUCAGGAUAAAUUUCAGCAACCCAGAGGCAGCAGCAAGAGCACGGAUAGAAUUGCACGAGACAGACAUUAGUGGGAAAAAGCUGAAGCUCUAUUUUGCACAGGUCCAGGUGUCCAGUGAAGUAGGAGAUAAGUCCUACCUCCUUCCCCCAGAGCCUGUCAAACAGUUCCUGAUAUCGCCUCCUGCAUCUCCACCAGUUGGGUGGAAGCAGAGUGAAGAUGCAACUCCUGGAAUAAACUAUGACUUACUCUGUGCUGUUUCCAAAUUGGGUCCAGGAGAGAAAUACGAGCUUCAUGCGGGAACGGAGUCUACUCCUAGCGUAGUUGUUCACAUUUGUGAAAGUGAAACAGAGGAGGAGGAUGAAAUUAAAAAUCCCAAACAGAAAAUUCUACAGACGAGGCGCCCAGAGCCUCCUUCGACAAUACUAAAUGAAUCUAAACCAUUUGAUUGUGCACUGGAAAUAGGGGGUACCAUGCACUGUUAAGUCUUGUGACACUAUAAACUAUCUAUUUGGGGAUAUUAAAUUAAUACAUGUAUUGAUAUCGUCUUUGCUGCAUUAUAUAUGGUAGCAGGAGACCUUGUAAUUGUCUCUCAUGUUCAAGUUCUUAGGUGCCAAUAUUCUAAACAGCACUUGAAUUUUUAAGCACUAACACCCCACACCUGAAAUAUAGCAAAUCCACCAGAUUGAAAAUAAUGGCAAAACAGGAGAGGUUAUUUAUUUGAAGAUAUGUUACAUUUUCUUAAUAUUGUAAAGCGUGAUGUACCAAAUGCUAAAACAGUAUCUUAUUGAUACCAUCUACAAUAUUGGUUACAAAAAUAGUUUAUUAUAUAAGGGUCAAAUAUGGUAUUUUUUUUGUACUGGUACGAAAGCUUGUAAUAUUUUAAAUGUAAGUGUAAUACAGUAUGCACUAAAAUUCCGCCACAAAUUGGCCCAUUUGUGAAAGUGUUCCAGUUAGUUUUCUCAGAAAUGCCAAAUGCUUUUUAUUUUAAAGGUACCUUUAUGAUUUGACAUGAGGCACAAAUACAUGUGCUGAAUUAAAUAAGUUGUAGUUGACAGAACUGCAAUUAGAAAAAACAAAGAGGGGAAACCAUAGAGCACUUGGAGGCAGAUGGAGUUUGCCCCCAAAAGCUCUUAUACUGCUGUUGGGUGGUGGUCUUACACUGAUAAGUACAAUUGUUCGCUUUGACAAUUGAUUAAAAUAAAACGGAUUUAUAGUAUGUUGAGUGAAACAUGGUUUCAGCUAUAGAAUGUUAAGCCUCCAGCCCUCUCGGACAAUACUGUAAUGUUCCUCUGUACCAGAAAGUCUGAUUGUGAUGUUAGGGGAUGAGAGGUCCAGGGUUAGUUUUUAACUUUUGCUCCUAAACUUUUACAGUUUGCUUCCUUUUUUUAAAGACAGUAUGUUGCUGGGAUGGUUAAAUCCGUCUCCACUCUGUUCUUAUUAAGGUUGCACUCUUGCGUAGUAUUCUGAUUAAAAACAUGGUAUUUUUCAUGGCACCCUGUAUGUUUUGAUGGCACAUCUGCAACUUUUGAAAUAGGAAGCACCUUUUGAAACAUACAUCUGUGGUUUUGUGAAGUUCUGUGUUAAGUGUUUUAGAAGGAGGAAAUAUGCCUCAGUAUAGUGGCACAUGCUCCUAUGGUUUUAUGCUAUUUUAUAAGCAACCUUUUUUAGCCUACACAGAUUUUUUUCUAUAAAAAUAGUUUAAAAAUUCUUUGGGAACAAACUAGGCUGUUUAGAUUCAUAUUUGAUUCUGUACAUAAAUCUCUCUGAUAUUGGCCUUUACCCACAUCAUGAUACUGUUUUUUUAAAUUAUGUAUAAAGUGUUUAUUGAAUUCUCAAAACAUUUGACUUGAUUGACAGCAAGAGAAUGCAUUAAUGGAAAUAACUUCAAACAGGCAUGGUAGACCUCAAUAUUGUGUGAACUAUUAAUUCUUUCCUGCCAUCAACUUAAAGUUGCAAAAUGGGAUCCUGCAGGCAGGUCCUCAUUUUGGAGACAGGAAUGGUAUGCCUAUAAAGGGGAGAAACAAGAAUAAUCUUUCCUUUUAUGUGUUUUGUGUGUAUUAGCACGACAUUAAUGUAACUCUUUAUUAUAAUAUAAGAACUGGGGUGGUCACCAAGUGAAAUUAAUAGGUAUCAGGUUUAAAACAAAACCAAGUUUUUCUUCAUGCAGCGCACAGUCAACCUGUGGAACUCCUUGCCAGAGGAUGUUGUGAAGACCAGGACUUAAACAGGAUUCAAAAAAGAACUAGAUAAAUUCAUGGAGGUUAGGUCCACCAAUGGCUAUUCACCAGGAUGGGUAGGAAUAGUGUCCCUAAUCUCUGUUUAUCAGAGGCUGGAAAUGGAUGAUAGGAGAAGGAUCACGCGAUGAUUACCUGUUCUGUUCACUUCCUCUGAGGCAUCUGGCAUUGGCCACUGUCGUCAGACAGGAUACUGAGCUAGAUGGACCUUUGGUCUGACCCAGUAUGGCAUUCUUAUAUUCUUAUCAAGCCAUUCAAAGUCUAGAUUCUCUUUUUCUCUAUUCCCCACUUCCAGUUGCAAACCUGUGUUAUCAGGAGGGGCUUGUGCAUUUUAAAAUACCAGAAUCAGUUUGGAAUUUUCUGUAAUGUUAUGUUUUUGUUGGUUGUUUAUUUACCCCCUAGCAAAUAUUGUUGUGAAGUGGAAGGAAUUCCGUCUUAUAAGGCAAAUCAUCAGGUCAGUAAUGCUAUUGUGAAGUUGCUUGUGUGCAAUGUAUGACUUGCAUUCCAGCAUAAAAGGUCCAUGGUGU